GUUUCGCCGUUUCAACAUAUUACCGUUGCGCCAACCCAGCCGGACGACGAUAUGAUCGCAUGUGAAGGGGCCCCAACAUUCCUUCUCCGCGAAGAAGUGUUGUCGACAGUGGGGUCUAUCACAUCCAGUGACUACAACUUUCGAGACCAUGAGCUGGUGUUAACCAACGGAAACCUCAUCCAAGUGUACUCUGGCCUUGCUUCUGACGACGUUCAGCUGCGACAUACGUGGCACGCGGACGACGGAGAAGUGUUUUUGCGGGUGAUAUACGUGGAAUGGAACAAUGCGGUCCUUGUGUUUAGCGCCAUCGGCUCCGCUCUCCAUCGUCGACUGCUCCAGUCAGAUUCGUUGGGCAACAAUGGGUUCGACGACCUAGGGGUGCUCUGUUAUGAAGGAACCUUGCUGGAUGUCGCGAAAAACCCAGAUGUCCACGAAGUUGUGACCACCGACUCUCUUGGUGGUAUUCGAAUGUGGUCUAUUCGUGGCAGUAGCAGUACCCACGCCGACACCCCCACUCGGUCUACCACCUUUCACAGUUCCACCAACAAUACACCCAGCCACAGCCUUGUCAGUGGGGUCACCACAUGUUCUAGUAGUACUAGUCCUCCCAAAAAGAACGAGUGUCUUCGCUGCCCUACCCGUCUUCAUGUGCAAGAUACCAAGAAAACGACUUGGCAUGCGUUAUGUGUGGACACAAAACACCAGCGCAUUGCGGCAGCCUCCCCGCGAGCGAUCAAGCUAGUCGACGCGCUGUCUGGUGUGAUUCUGGCCAAGUUCCCGACCUCCAGCAACUCUACACCCCCCGCCCUCGUUCGACGACUCGCCUACGUGCCUCUCGUGGAUGAAAUUCUUGCAUUUGGCCCCCAUGGCGUGGACGUAUGGAACGUCUCCAACGUCAAACAGGUCCCAGUGUCUGUCCCACGCCAUGCGAUACACAACGCACUACAACUGGACGACGACACCACGUUCUUUCAUGACGUGGCGAGCUGCUGUGUGACGCACACACCAAGUGCAUUUGCGACCAAAUCUGGGCUUCCCGCGGUGGUAUUGCUUACCACAACGUCCAAGCUGGCGUUCGUGCCAGUUCAAGAUACAUUGGAUGAGCCGGCAAGGGUGCUAGCGUUUCAGUUGCGGUCGUUGGCGUUGCCAUUGGAUACAGUAGUAUCUGGUUAUUCGCCGUCCACAGUAUCAUCGCCGGCAGCAGCAGUAGCCAAUCGCAAGCCAUACUCGAAUGGAUUCGUAUUUAGCAACUUGCAGCACACGGCGCGACACUUUGUCGCAAUUGUGCAAUCCCACACGGCCGGAAGUUGCCUCCGCGUGGUCGAAGUGUUGUCGACCCAAUCCACAUCCAGGAUGGUGUCAGCCUCCACCAACUUAUUUAGCCUUCGAGAAAUUCCGUUUACGAUACCCGCCGCGCAACAGCGAGAUCCGACUGGUGGAGGAGUAGUUCGUCCUCGCAGAGGGUACUCCCUCUUUGGAGGGACUGUCGCUGCCAAGUCUGUGCAGUUGUUUGAAGACGUUGCGUUGCCCGUGUGUGAACUGGCGCUUCCACGUCAUGAAGGGGUGGACUUUCCAACAGUGGAGGGGGUCAGUCAGCCUGUGAUUUGCUUUUUGGAGUACUCCACGCAUUUGGCCAAGUGCAUUGUGGGCUGGUCGGACGGAGUGCUUGACUUAUUUUCGCUCAACGGUCACCGUUGGUGCUUGCUGAAACGGCCUUGUGGGGUGAUGGCGGACUGUGUGUGUACGCUGCAGCUAUCGAAUGGCGUCGUGGGGCUCGUGGUGGGGGAUGCCCAAGGGUCGCUCGACACGUGGCUGGUGGAGGCACAUGCAUGGACAUAUCACGGAACGUUCGUCGCGCAUUCCGAAAACAUUGUAUCGAUUCAAAACCCCGCGGCGCUGCCAUCUCACAACAUUGACGACGAUGUCGUUGCUGACAAGUCUACUGUUUGCAGUACCAACAACAACAACAACAACGCCGGCGGCUUCUGUCGACCGUCCAUUGUCACCACAGCAUUUGAUGGUCAGAUUAAACUGUGGGAAUGGACUCUGGUGGACGAAAACUACUCGAUUGAAACGAGUGGUUGGCAGCUGGUGGGGCUAUUCAAAACCCACUCGAUCAACAUUUCCGUGGCAAAAUUAGUGGACAGGAAUCAUUUGUGUUGUGGAUGCGAAGCGGGGGCGGUCGAGCUGUGGACACUGCCACGACAUCACGUCAAAGGCGCCACGAGUUUAUUAACUACCAAAAAAGCCAUCACGUUCAGUCCGUCGGCGCACGCCAACACAGUGACGGAUAUUGCUGUCCAUCACAACAUCGGCACCACCGUCGACCACGAUUUUACGCUCCUGGCUACACUAGCCCGAGACCACACGAUUUUGCUUUGGUACUUUGCAGGCGGCGAUAUCUGCGUACCAUUUCGCGUCGUCGUAACCAGCGCCAAGCCCUGCGGCGGCUACUUUUCCACCGCCGCGACUCCGAAUGCGGUGAGCUUUCUUUGCUGUCUCGGGAGUGGCGUCGAUCGUGUGCUUGUGCUCCCGCGGCAGAAAAAGAAAGUGCUGGCGCUGGUGUUACGCGCUACCAACAAUCCGUUAGUGGCGCUCAGGCCACCUACUAGUAUUGCUACUUCUGACCAACUAAACCAACCACCCCAUUCGAUCUACCAUACCGACACUUCGCCGUUGUUGUAUCAACCAAUAGACAUCCCGCUUCAAUUGACCAUCCCUGUUGUGCACAUGCACAUGAUUCCGGACGCGGCAGUCGCCGAAGCUGUCGCGCGCCUCUCUCCGACUUCAGCUUCGCACCGUCUCCAUAACCAACCCCUCGUGCCUACUCGACAUGCUGUUACGGUGAAUUUAGCACAUGAACGAGAAAUAUUGGGGGUGCCCUUGCACAUGAGUCAAUCUACCAUUGGUGGACUCUCGUCUAAUGGAGCACUGCCAAGUCACGUCCUUUCGACGUGUACGAGUAUUGCCAACGGUGACAACAACGACCAGGUUCCUAGUGACUGGGUACUAAAUGGUCAAAACAUUCGCCGGCCGUCCAACUCGCUUCUCCCAAAGGCAACUGCCGUGCCACGAGCCUACCGCGAUAUUUCUAGACGCACCAACGCCCCACGAGUGUAUCGGCAGCCGCCUCCACCCCCUCGACACCAUCGACCGGUCCGGGCGCGGGUCGUUUCUGCAUUUGGCCUCCUGGGCACGGACGAAGAGCUGUUAGAAAGGGAACAAAUCCCUCAUUUGCAGCAGCGCCGACAUGCCAUCACCAUGCCCAAGGCAACUCCAGCCAUAUUGUGGGGACCAAACGACAACAACCAAAGCGCCAGCAGUGGGGUGCAUGUGGUGGAGCUAGCCACUCGACCCCCAACCAACCCAUUGGCACCCCUCUUUUGGCUAGACGCUCAUAGUGAUCGUUCCCGCACAGUUCCAACUCGGUUCAGUGACGGCAAUGUCGAGUCCAAGCUGGACCCUCAGCAAGCUGGCGACUUUAACGUCGAAUCUCUCCUGAUACCAUGGGACGACUUGUCCCCAGAACAGCAAUUUAUCGAAAUCCAAGCCAGUUUGCUGUCCAAAGCCGUGCAAAAUAUAUGUCACGACGCAGGCAUCGACCUCCCGCCUUCGUGUUUCAACUUGCAGCUGCCCACGAAUGUGCCCGACAGAGUUCUGUACCACAAGUACAUGUUUUGGUACGGGAACAAGGCGCCCCACGCGCGCACUGCCUUUUUACGACAAGAGCUGCUGUUUGCAACUGGCGAUGCCGAUGUGAUCCGAAGCGCCCUUGCGCAAGGCAUCGCCAUCCCCAAACGCAGCGACUGCCAGAGCUUAAACAGCUCGAGUCCGCUGUACUAUCGAUGGUGUAGAUAUGUAGCGUGGUACUGCCGGGGAUUUGUACUGCAGCACCACCACUUGCAGUCGCUCGGGGCUUUGGAUUGGACCGCCACGCCCCACUACGCCCACCGAUUGGCUCAUCGCACAGACUUGUUAAAGUGUCAGCUGCAUGCUAUCGACGUCGCCCUGCAGAGUUUUGCAGCCCUCCAAGCCAAAGACGCGGCGAAACAAGAGGCCACUCGGAAUGCCGCCACCAUCAUGCUUAGCAAGCUGCACAAGAUGGCGCCAUCAUCAUCGAAGCCAACGAGUGCCAAACCAGUGGUGCUGUCUCCCGAAUUAAAAUCGUUAGACGUUGAUUUUUUCUGUGACAUCGUGCUGCCCGAUGGUCAAGUGCUGGACUUUGUGCCUUGGGAGUCGCUGACGCUGAUGGCGCAGCAAAAGGAGCUCGCACUCGCCAUGCAUGAUGCCGUCGUCCGGUGGCAAGCCAUGAAAGCUCAUGUGGCCAUACCCCAAGUGCUCUCGGUUGUGGCUGCAGAUGACGUGGACGAUGUACAAUUGACCAAUCAGUGCGCUGCAUUCAUCACAUGGUGGUCCACUCCACACAACGCUGCACGAGUUCAGUUUCUCAAAACCGAAGCCCACGAAGCUGCCCAUGAUUCCACCGUAAAAGCAGCGGCGUCGCGGGCGGGGGUCGACUUGGCCUUUUACGAUGCCAUCCAAAUAUUCACUCACCACGAACCCCCCCCGCCAUCGACCUCCAAUGACAGUCAAAGCACGUACCAAGACUGGUACUUUCAAGUGACCCACGCUGCAGACUCGGCUCGCGUUGACUUUCUCAAGCAAAAGAUGGCGAUGUUGCAUCGUCAAAAACGAUUUGAACUGGUGGUUGAGAUGGGACGACUGCCACCCCCCGUGCUUUUCUGUAUGACGCCGGCGGUGCUGCUCUCUUUCGAGUCCGACAACGUACCCGCCGUCGCCAUUAUCGAGGUGGCGGACGAAAGCGCCAGUCCCGCUGAUGCAAACAACGCUGAACGGAAGAACUCGAUGCCGCUGCAGGACUCAGCAGGGUCGUCCGACGGUACCGCCGCGGCCCUGGAGCGGGUGCUGCGGGAGCAGUGGGAAGCGUCGCAGUUGGUGUCGAAUCGAAAGCAAAUGGAAGUCGAAGACGACGCAGCUCGACUCAUGCGGCUGAUGGAUGACGACGGGGACGAUCAGGAUGUGACAUCGAGCCCCCGCGUACGACCGGCACGCGAUUUCAGUGUCACAUAUUUCUUCAACACGAUGCCCGGGACAAAGGAAGCGGCGGCUGUCGCGGCUAGUGGGUGGGUAUCUGGGUGCGGGCUCGACAACGGCGACGAGGAAGUCGAAGAGCGCGAGGUUCGGGAAGUGGAACGACUGCGGCAGCUAGAGCUCGAUGCUGUGGAUCGAGCUCGAAUAGCCGAAGAAGAGCGGGUGGCGGCGCUGCUGCUAGCCGAGCAACUUCGAGAAGACGAACGGAAAGCUCAAAAACGUGCGCGGCAAGUUGAAGUCAAGCGCAUCUUGACAUGGCAACGAGACGAGACCCUGCGGCGGCAAGCUGACGCCAGCCAAAAGCGCAUCGAGAGGGAAUGCGCGGGAAUGCAGUUUGAGGAGUUUUUGUCCAGGCAGUGGUGGCUUGAGCUGGACUCGGAACGUCAGCACAUGGCGAUGGCAGACUUGGAAUCGGCCGAGUGGGCGCGGCAGUGCCAUGAACUGGAGAAGCGGCGGGCUGCGAUGCUGGUGUCUGAUCGACGGCACAUGCUAGCAGACGAUUUGCGAUCCAGACACGCUGCGGAAUUUGAAGACGAAGUCGCGCGGCUAACUUUAGCAAGGGAAACGUUUUUGAGAGAUUUGUACACACCGUUCGACCCGUACUUUGCCGACAGCAGCGACAGUCGCCGAUACCUUCAAACUAGCCACACUCGGCAGCGCCGCAAUCAGGAGCAUCACGUUGCCCCUGCAAAUAACAACAAUAUACGACCGAUGACCCAGCAAGCAGCGAGCAAAUUGGUGUCGGGGCAGUACGCUGUUCCUUUUCACCACGCGGUGGAACUCACAACACCCGAGUGCGAAGUGUACCAGGCACAGCCGUCGCACAAAUUCCAAGCCCUGCUGGGGUUGCCCAUUCAGUAUCGCAGGCCGCCAACGUCCCACAACCAAAACGUUGCCACGUCACUGGAUACACUGGCCAGGUCGAGAUCUGUCCCGGGCCUCCUUCCUCGGCCUCACACCACCACCACCCCCAUGAGAAUGGGCGGAAGCAAUCAUCCCCUCCCGUCCCGAGGCUCUUGUAUGAGAACCACUCCCCCUCUGAGGGGCAGGACUGUAGCGUUCGAUAAAGAGCCGGGAUUCCAACAUGAUGAUCUAGUCGACCCUCCAACUACUCGACACCGAAGCCAGGACAACCCGACGAUAUCUCGAAUAAGCAAUCAGUCGUCCAAACAUGGUCGUCGACGACUGGUUCCAGAUACGACGCUGCUGGCGCCAUUGACCCGGGAUAUCUUGUCCAACCAACAAGAGUCCAUUCUGAGUAGUGCUACUACUACUACGACGAUGACUACUACUAUUUCGUCCCCCCUCAAGCACCCUCAGCAGCUCUACCAUCCUCGCAGUGACACCCGUCCACUUGAAUCGACUACAACUUUCGUUCCAAAUGAAGAAGUUCCAACGGAGCCCAUGUAUCGGCAAUCGAGUUUGCCACCGCCAUUCUUUCGAACCCAUUUGGCAGUGGUGGGCCAAAAGCCAACGACCGCCCCUUCUAUCUCUGGGGGUUGCCGAGAAAGUUGCUCCAGAACGAGCAGCAGCAGCGCCGACCCCACGUCGUCCCUCUUUGUGCGCGUACCCCACCGAGGCUCUACGACGAUCCCACGAACAAGGACCAAGGUGCCCACGCCAACAAGCUCUCAGUCUGACGACUAUAGCUUUGGCCGACUCGAAAUGAACGCCCAUCGAUAAAGUUGAUAGUAAUAGUAUAUCAUGAACCAACAAAAUGGACUUGAUAAAGUUUCGGGUAAAUUGAUUCACGC